AUGGAUAUCACCAUCCUCGCUAAAGCCGCGGGCCUCGCCUCGUCAGGCGUCUUCGCUGGAUACACAUGGGCACUCUCCCACGCAGCAGUCCCAACAAUCCUCCUCGCUCCCGAAGCCCUCCUCGCCAAACAAUGGCGUGAACAGUACCUACGUGGUUUUUACAUCUCCCGACCACUAUGCCUGAUCAACGGCCUGUCAUUCGGAUAUCUAGCUUACCUGCACGAUGAAUCCACGCUGUUGCGGUACCUGUACAUCAUAGCCGCCAUAACCAACGCCUCCGGCGUACCCUACGCACUCACAUUUCUCCGCCGCACCAAUGGCGCUCUAGCAAGACGAGCACAUCGUCUCGCAGGCCCUGGCAUUAACGUCAUGGCGUUGACGUACGCGUUCAACGAGAAGCGUAGCGUCGAGCUCGACGCGAAGUACAGCACAGUCGAACUGGUCAGGCGUUGGCAGUGGCAUAACAGUGUCCGGACGGCGGUGUUGAUUUUGGGCACGAUCGUUGGGGCUGCGGCUGUUGCGAUGGAUUCUUGA